AUGGAAUACGAAAGAUUUUGCAAUCCAGUUUUUCGCAUUACAUUCCUCAUCUCCGGUUCUGCUCAACAGGCAAAUUGCGAAGCAUUAUGGGCCCGGUUCAGUGAAGCAGCCGACGAAGCGUACGCUAUAGCAAAUCGUCGAGACUGGCAUGUGGACUCGAAUGACGACGGGGUCGUCGUGAAACGCGUUUACCUGCCCACUUACAAACGAUCCGUCAUUCUCGGCGAGACGAUCUUGAACAUAAGUCCUGAAGAUGGGCUGUACCUGUACUGGGACGACGGGAAAGAUAUCCCGAACUGGAACCCAGAAAUCAGCUACCUGGAGGAUGUCGUGGAAAUAGCACCGGAGCUCAGAGUCAGUUAUCAAGUUGGCUCUUCGAAGCUUGGCGGCUUGAUAAAGCCACGCGACUUCCUAGUACUUACAGGAUGGCUGGAACGCAACCGGAACUACUACGUGGUCUACACCAACAUCACGAACGAGUACCGACCGAAGCCCAUAGAAUCGCACUACGUUCGAGGACAGAAUGGACCGAGUUUGAUCGCUUUCGAGCGGGUGCCCACGGAUCCGAACAAGACCCUGUUUCGCUACUUGCUCAACGUGGACAUGAACCACGGUAGCUGGUUCAUCAUCCCACGCAGCGUUUACGAAAAGGCGACUUCGGCCGCCAUCAGGGACUACUUGCAAUACGUUCGCGACCGCACGAACCGCGUCCCACUCUUCAGCCCGCCGCGAAAGUCAAUCCGUCCACACCACACAAACUUGUUUUAGCAAUGACGGGGACAAACCGAGUUACUCCGAGGAGUUCGGGAUUCUCGAGGCACUGUGAUUUUCUUUUCCGCGCUCCCACAAUUGAACUGAAAGCCAAAAAAAAAGAUGGAGUGAAGGGAAAAGAGCGCGCGUAUUACAUAAAUGCAACCGGGGCGCACUUCAGUUUUCUCUCGGCAGAAACUAUCCCUGUGAAUCUCGGUUGAUAACUUUCGGAACUGUUGGAAGCACUUUUUAAGCAAUGUACUCCUUCGUUUAUAAACUCACUUUAGUCGCGUUCCGGAUAUCUGGAAGGAAAUAACUCCCAAGACCAGCAGUGGUUCCCAACCUGUGCGUCCAAGAGAUCGGCCUUUUCACCGGUCAGCGCUAGCUAUAUAAAAACAGUAAAAAGAAAAGCUGCAUGAAGUAAAUUGAAAUGAAGAUCCUGUAACAGUAAACACAACUGAUUAAACGUAGUAUAAUAAUUUUAAAGAUGUCCUAUGCAAGGACUUUCGCAACUCAAGAAAAUCACAAUGUUUCUAUAUUUCGCACCAUGAAUGUUAGUGUUCAGACAGUUAAACGCAGCAAAAUACAUAUUCAUGCUGGUAGGUAUCAGUGGAAGUUAAAAUUAAUCUUACUUGAUUAAAGAUUAACAAUUACCUCUUUACAAUCCCGUCUUCUGAGUUCCUCCUGUGUUCACGUAAGUCCUGGGGAGAGUAACUGUAAUCAGAUCUGCUGUCAUAGCUCCUAUGGGUGUCUUACAUAAAUAAAUUCAUGUAAUGUAUAGGAAAUAGUAUACAGCACAUGAAUCCCAGUAGGAAACUUUGGUUUACUGGAUAACCACUGCUUCAAACAAUAUUUCCAAAAGUGACCAUUGGCAUGAAGAAAGCAUACAAAAAUUCACAUAAUUCCAAUAACCGGAUAGAUAAACAAAUUUGGCAUUACCGAUUUUUAAAUUCCAGACAUGGAUCACUUAGAGAAUCUCGUACCAGAAAUUUGAGAAAAUUUAUGAAAAGUGACGUAAUGUAAUAAACCAUCAAACACAUCGCGGGGGAGAAAGAAUACGCGAGUAAUUCAAUCCACAUUUCUUGCUCUCUUACUCCCUGAAAUUUUUAAAGGCAUUAAGAAUCGAUCCUUCUCUCUUACCAGCAGCAGCUGCUUCACUGCCAUUCGGCACUAAGGAUGAAGCGCAUGAUCUUGGAACCGAAAGUCAUUUAAGUGCUCUAUAUGCGGACGCAUCACGAUAAUUGGCGCGAUUAUUAACGGCAGAUUCACCUCCAUCCAUCCCUUCGCCCUUCUCUUGGGAGUAGGAGUAUAUAGCGCUGCUUCGCGCGAUGCGAUCCGACCGGUGCUCAGUUAUAUUUUUCGAGGGUCUUCUUUAAAUUAAUAUGAGCGGGAUUCAAAGCCUAUAGACAAAAUGUUCGAACAAGUCGGAGUUGAGGCAGUUGGAUCACUGAAAAUCUCCGCCGUUUUUAUUUUACAAUGUCGGGUGUCAAAGAAAAAUCUACCUUCAAGGAAUGCGAAGGCCUGGCUCCCCUUCCCGGAGUGAAGAUGAACGCGUAUUUAGGCACUAAUGCUCAAUAAUAGCUUCCAUAAGUUAAAUGCUUCUGAACAAAUCAAAAUAAGGUCAGAGGAAAAAGCGUAGUGAUGUUUACAAUUUGUAGAUGGCAUUUUCCUAGCUUUGAAAAAUGCCUGAAGUUGUCAUGGCAGUUCCUCAGCUUUCUGGAAUACCAAAGGGAUCAUCAGAAUCGGUGGACUCUCUCUACCUCUCUAUAGUGAUUCCCUCAGUGAUCUAAACGUAGAAUAUAUAUUUUUUCUAAUAAUGUAGAUCCGGCGCUUCAACAAAAUAAGUUUCCUCAUAACGAUUUACUUUUGUUAGCUACUUCAGUGCGAGUUCACUUUAAUUUUCUCAGGGUAAUCGGCGUUUCGCUGUUUCCAUGAACUUCAAUUAGACGUCAUGCCUAUGAGAAAAAAUCUAUCCUUUUUGGAUAUGUGUAUCUCCCUUCUAGGUGUCGCUCUUGAAAGGUGAGCCAGCAAUUCUUCUUCCGACAGCCGAUUGAUGGAAGAGUGACAAAUGAGCUUCAAGCGUUUUAAUGAUGGAUACAGAUGAUUUUAAUCUUUCACCAGUGAUAUCUGUUUGGAUGUUUCUAAGAAAAAAACCUGCGAAUGAUAGUGAUGAAUACGAGUUGGAUAUUUAAAACGUG